AUGACCUACCACAAACGGACUUAUCAAUUCGAAAAGUUGGGGCGUAUGGUUUGCAGAAGCUGGUUGUUACGGGAUUUGUAUCUAGUGUGGAAGGUCGGGGAGUUUGGACUUAACAACGAGCAGCUUUGCUAUUUGCUAUUUCGAUAUGGGUGGAUACCAGACGAUGAAGAAAGAAAGACCCGAGGCUCUUGA